UGCAGUGCAAGGACCACAAGCAAGAAGACUCCGAAGCCGGGAGUAGAAGUACCAACAUUUGAUCCUGGAGCUUUGAAAGAAGAGACAAGCGAGAACAGCGUUUCUGUUUCUACGGACUGUCUGCUGGAGCUCCCAUUUUAUCCGAUUUGUCACUCCGCUAUACGCCAGUUUCUCUGGAUAUAGCAGCUAAACUAAGUUGGUAGUAAACUCUUUGGAGUUUGGUAAGAGUCACUUUAUAAUUUUCUUUGCUUGUGAGAGUGGACUGCACUGAAACUUGGGAUCGACCCGUCUGGGUUUAGGUCGGUUUUUGGACCUGACGCAUCCUUUAACGGCGAAAGUUUUGAGCAAGAGCGUCGAGUCGACGUCAAUCAGCAGCUGCUACCCGAGUACAGAGCGGAUAGACAGCCACUGACGAGACUUUAAAGAGAAGUUAACAGCUCGCUCCCCUGUGAUUCAGACAUGACAGAUUGUCUGAGGCACUAAAGUCAGAGGGAUCAAUUGAAGUCAAAAGAUCAAGAACAAGUGUAGUAACUUGCAACAAAGAGCUCAUCCAAACAACUGCAUUAAACCGCCGACCAGAGAAUAAAGAAGAACACCAUCCUAAGCCGACCCAAUGGCGUGGUCAGCUCUCAUCGGCCCCUGUGUGGCCCUCGUGCUGCUCUUCUUCGGUUUGACCUCCUGCACUCCCUCAGGCCCCGCCUCCGCCACCUGUGCCACCCUGGAACAGAGUCGCUUCUUUGGCGUUUUCUCCUCUUCAACCACCCUGCACUCGACACCAUGCUCCUGGACUCUGCAGAAUCCCGACCCUCGCCGCUACACCGUCUACAUGAAGAUCACCAAGCCCACUGAGUCCUGUGUGCCUCGCCAGAUCAGAACCUUUCAGUUUGACUCCUUCAUCGAGACCUCCCGCACCUACCUGGGUAUGGAGAGCUUCGAAGAGGUCGUGAGGAUGUGUGAUGCGUCGACCACAGUCACCUACUUGGAGUCCAGCAAGCAGUUCCUGCAGAUGCGCAGAGUGGCCCCGAGGAAUGGCCUGGAGGUCGUGGCGGAGCAUCACGAUGUCAACGAGUUCAAGGCCGAAUUCCUGGUCGUGGGGAAGAGGAACCCGAGCAUGCCCGCCUGCCAGAUGCUGUGCCAGUGGCUGGAGAAGUGUCUGUCCAGCAGCACCCAUGAUUAUCCCUGUGGCAUCAUGAACACACCCUGCCAGUGCUGGGAAGCCCCAAAGAGGAAGCCAGGAAGCUGCUACAGAGGCGGGGUCUAUGUCGAGAAAUGCCUUCCUGUUCCAAAAGACAACGGACGUGAUGCUGAAAUUAUCAAAGGCUGGGCUGGAUGGGGUCGCUGGUCUGUGUGCAGCCAGGAAUGCGGUGGUGGAGUGCAGGUGCGCAGCAGAGGCUGCCAGCCUGAGGACAGUGUGUGUGAGGGAACGGUUGAAGAAGGACGGGCCUGCAACCCUCAACUUUGCAUUGGCAAAGAGCGCAACAGGAGCCAGGGUCUGCGAGCUAUUGUUGGUUUGAGGAGAGACAGUGCAGAUGAUGCCACUCAUGGAGUUGUUGCAACCCAAACAGUAGAUGCCAAAACAGACGAGUGGUCCACCUGGAGUUCUUGUUCAGUCACCUGUGGAGAGGGCUGGCAGAGCCGUACCCGAGUCUGUGCUACUUCUCCCUUUACCACCCAGUGCACCGGACCCCUGCGUGAGAACCGGCCCUGCAACAACACAGCCGUCUGCUCUGUUGAUGGUGCUUGGGAUGAGUGGACCCCCUGGAGCCUGUGCUCCUCUACCUGUGGUCGGGGUUAUCGUGACCGUACCCGCACGUGCAAGCUGCCCCAGAAUGGAGGAGAGCCUUGCCGUGGCCCUACAAGACAAACCAAGUUCUGCAACAUCGCUGUCUGCCCAGUGGACGGAUCCUGGAAUGAGUGGUCUGCCUGGAGUGUUUGCUCUGCUUCCUGUUCCAACGGCACCAUGCAGAGGACCAGGGAGUGCAACGGGCCCUCCUAUGGGGGCUCUGAGUGCCAUGGUAGCUGGAAGGAGACCAACAACUGCUUCCUUCAAGAAUGCCCAGUUGAUGGACGCUGGCAUGCAUGGACAUCCUGGGGAAGCUGCAGCAAGACUUGUGGUGGAGGCAUACAGCAGAGACAGAGAGUGUGUGAAGGCCCUUUCUUUGGUGGAGAAGCUUGUCCCGGUGAAAAGGGAGAGCAGAAACGUUGCAAUGAGAAGAGAUGUCCUGAGCCCCAUGAGAUCUGCCCUGAACAGAACACAGGAGAUGUUGUUUGGAAGAGAACCCCUGCAGGAGAUGUGGCCGCCAUCGACUGCCCUGCUGAUGCGUCAGGAUUGAUUCUGCGCCGAUGCACCCUGGACGCUGUAGGCCUUGCCUCCUGGGAGACCCCAACUCACAUCAAGUGUGUCUCCAACAACUAUGAGAACAUUCAGACACUGUCAAGGGACUACAUCUCCAAAGCACAAACAGGGCAGAGUGUGGAUGGGAUCGCUGAGGUGAUUUCACGCCUGAGAUUCUCCUCCGAUGAAGGGGCCAGGUACAGUGGUGACCUCUUGGCUGUCAUGGAAACCAUGAAGAACACCACCGAACUGUACCACGGAACCAGGCUGAGGCUGAGCAGUGCAGAUAUUGAGAACUACGUCCAGACCAUAAGCAACCUUCUGAAGGAGGAACAUCGUGACAAAUGGGAAGAGGCUCAGCUGAUGGGUGACAACAUUAAGUCGUUCCUCCGCCUCGUCGAGGACUUUGUGAACAUGAUCGGUGUGCAAAUGAGCGGCUUCCAGGACAUUUAUGAAGUCACCGAGAAUUUAGUCCUGAGCAUCCACAAGCGCCCUACAACCACAAGCUCCAACUUCACCUUCCCUGUGAAGGGCUGGAGGGGCAUGCUGGACUGGGUUCGGACCUCUGAGGAGAAGAUCUCUGUGUCUCGAGAUGCUCUGUCCGUUGAACAGACUGAUGGAAACGAUGCUUUUGUGACUGGCAUUGUCCUCUACAGAAACCUCGCCUCUUUCCUGUCCUUUCAGAGCAACACGACCCUCCUCAACUCCAAGGUCGUAUCAGUCAUCGUCUCGCCAAACCCAACCCUCCUGUCGUCCCCUGUUGAGAUUGAGUUCCCCCACCUCCACAAUGGAACCAUGAAUGAGACAUGCCUCUCAUGGGACGAGAGUGAAACUUCGUCUCUGCUCGGCUCUUGGUCUGCGCGUAGCUGCAGAGCUGUGCCCGUUCAUUCAUUCAGGACCAAAUGCGUGUGUGACAGCCUCUCCACCUUCGCCAUUUUAUCGCGCGUCAACUUCGACUCGAUCAUGGACAAGGCACUGCUCCCGUCCGUGACUCUCAUCGUUGGCUGUGGGGUCUCCUCGCUAACCCUGCUGCUUCUCAUCAUCAUCUAUGUCUCCGUCUGGAAGUACAUCCGCUCCGAGCGCUCCGUCAUCCUCAUCAACUUCUGCCUCUCCAUUAUCUGCUCCAAUGCUCUCAUCCUCGUUGGACAAACUCAGGCUCGCAACAAGGUGGUGUGCACUCUUGUUGCUGCUCUCCUGCACUUCUUUUUCCUCUCCUCUUUCUGCUGGGUGCUGACCGAAGCUUGGCAGUCGUACAUGGCUGUCACUGGUCGUCUCCGCAACCGCAUUAUCCGCAAGCGCUUCUUGUGCUUAGGAUGGGGCCUUCCUGCACUUGUGGUGGCUGUGGCUGUCGGUUUCACAAAAGCUAAAGGAUACGGCACUGUCAACUACUGCUGGCUGUCUCUUGAGGGCGGACUCCUCUACUCCUUUGUCGGCCCUGCUGCAGCUGUUGUUCUGGUGAAUAUGGUCAUUGGUAUUCUGGUCUUCAACAAGCUGGUAUCCAAGGACGGCAUCACUGACGUGAAACUGAAGGAGAGAGCCGGGGCGUCACUGUGGAGCUCCUGUGUGGUUCUGCCCCUCCUGGCCCUCACCUGGAUGUCCGCUGUCCUUGCCAUCACCGACCGCCGCUCCGCCCUCUUCCAGAUCCUCUUCGCAGUCUUCGACUCCUUGGAGGGCUUCAUCAUCGUCAUGGUUCACUGCAUCCUGCGCAGAGAGGUUCAAGAAGCCGUAAAGUGCAGAGUAGUGGACCGCAAAGAUGACGGCAACGGAGACUCUGGCAGCUCUCAUCACAAUGGCCACUCCCAGCAUAUGCCGUCUGAUAACGAGAAGGAUGGAGAUUCAAACAGACAAGGAAUGAAGAGCUCCUCUGAAGAGAAGAUGCCUCCUCCUCAGAUGCCUCUCCCGAUGGGCUCCAACUUCCACACCCUCCCAUCCAACCCCAAUAAGAGCCACAUGCAGGCCGUCCCCGAGUACUCCAGCCACACCCUGACCCUGAAGAGAGAGAAGAGCCGCCUUGCGAUAGGAGUCGACCCGUCCUGCGGGAAACCCGUGUACGUCUGCGAGGGCGAGCUCUUCCAGCAGCUGGACGCAGAUCUCGCUCGGGCUCAGGCUGAGUGCGGCCUCUCUGACGGCAGCGGCUAUGUCCUCAUGCCCAACACCACUUCCACCCUGAGGACCAAACCUAAGGAUGACCCUACAAAGUACAACAUCACCAUGGAGCAGCUGCCUCAGGCCCGGUUGAUGCACCUCAGCGGGCCCUUCGCAGAGCCCCAGGCUGCCUUUGGGAUGAAGUCCAUCCCCGCCGAUCAGGUCAGCGUGUCGUACUCUGAGAGAGACUCGCCCAUCCAGAACAUCCACAACAUGUCCAGCGAGUCUCACAUCACGCACAGCAGCCUGGAGAACACUUUCGAGUCCAUGAACUCCAUGAUGUCAAAGAGUGAGACCAUCUCCACUCUGUCCAUGAGCUCCCUGGAGAGACAGAAAUCUCGUUACGCUGAGUUGGACUUUGAGAAAAUAAUGCACACAAAGAAACGCCACCAGAACAUGUUCCAGGACCUGAACAGAAAGCUUCAUCACGCUGAGAAAGACAGAGAGUCUCCGGCGUCUGACAGCAAGUCUGUGAGAUGGAGUGUGUCAUCAGGAGGAAGUGACAAAACGAACCACAGUGACAAGCAGCAGGCACCGAUGGAGAGGCCGUGGGAGGGAGUCCGGGGGAUCCCGCAGUCGCCCCCUGCAUGGGUGCGGAAAGACCUGGAGCCCCUUGCUGCCUCACCUCUGGAGCUUCACUCUGUGGAGUGGGAGAAGACCAGCACCACCAUCCCUCUGGUGGGGCAGGACAUCAUUGACCUGCAGACGGAGGUCUGAGUGGGGAGGAGGGGGGCUCGAGAAGCCGCCUGAUUUCACCUUGGUCACCUUUUUUGGUUUAGGAAUGGGAUCCAGGAUGGAUAGAGUAGAAGAAAAAACCAAGAGAGUGAAGAAGUUGGUCCCAGAAUCAAUGUCUUCAAACCCUCAGCCAGAGCAAGAAGAGAGAUGGAGUAGGAGAUGAUGUGAAAGGGAUGAUUAAUGUAGCUUCUCUGUGUGGACUUAAAGCAUCUUGUGACUGAGUGCUGUGAAGGGCAAGGGUUAGUGGAGCGAUUAGUGGUUUCCAUGGACCAGGACUGGUAAAUGGUUCCAUUAAUGCUCCAUUGGAGUUUCCUGAACCCCCUCAGUUUGGGUUCAGAAGAUGUGGUCGACAUGUCUGUGCUUAUUUUUUUCCUUCAACUCAACUUUGGAGAAAAAUUAAAUAAUGAUGGUGCGUCCUCCCUGCUUCUCGGGAGGACCAAUCAGAACCUUUGGCUGCUCCUCUUCAAGCCAAGCUCACUUCCAAACUAAGACAAGGCAAAGGAGCAGAAAGGGGCCAGUUUCACACUUGGAGUCCAACACUCUGCAAUUUUUGCUUUUGUGCCGUGGGUUAUUUUAUUUUUUCUGCUUUCUGCUUCACACUUGGAACUGCUUCAAAAAGCCUUAAAAGAGACUCUUUGAUGAGAGAACACAUCUCCUUUCUGUGAGUGCAGGCUUUUUCACGCUGAUAGUUCUCACUGCUGUUAUCAAACCUGGUUAUUAUUAUUCCAGUAAUUAAUGCUAUUAUUGUCAUUUUGGAUUUAUUUUUACUUUCUGUUCCCCACAUGACUGUCAGGCACAAGAUAUAUUGAUUAUUUUGCAGUAAAAUUUUACAUUAGGCUCCAGAAAUGACUCAGUGCAUCUAUAAUGUGUUGCGAUGGACUGCAUCGGGACAAACACGCAGAGUGGUGAUGGAGGGGAUCGCUACGUAAAAUGUCCUGGUUACUCCUUGAUACCAAAACACCAGCACCAGGAAAAACACGAGACUCUUACACAGGAAGAGCAGUGCACUCUGGGUAAAACGCUGGGUUGGAAAAUGUGAAGAAAUGUGUGAUUCCUCUCAGCUGGCGCAAGAUGCAGGCUCUUCCAUGUUGUACAUGAGGAUUGGAGGGUUCAGCGAAACCUUUUAAUCAUCGCUCCUUAUGUUUUUGCUCAGCCUUGCAGGACUCUUGGACCGAUCGGAGGCUGCCUGGCGCCGCUGUGACUUCCAAUGCAGCGCCAGCUCCUCGAGAAUUCAACACAUUUGUGUUUUCAGCCAUCAGUGUGAAAUAGUGCAAUAUGAUGGGCGCUUGAUGCUCAAGCAAGACUGAUUUGAUUUUGGCAGUAUUUUUCUUACAAAUGUUUUCAAACUUUUGUACCAUCUUCCUCAUAUUUACAAAGCAGAAAGAUGUUUUAAGGGAAUAUUGUUCAACAAAUCUGUAUUAGUAAUUCAAGGAAUUUAUUCACUAGAGAUUUGUUAGCACAGGACUUCAUAUUUGGAGCUCUAAGUGACAGGUAGAUUAAUGUACUUCUAUAGAGCGCACAUUAUAUCGAAUGAAUGGUAUCUAAAGUCUGCUUCAGGAUAUUUGUGAUUACUCUUCGCUGUGUAGCGAGGCGUAUUCGAACCUCAUGUCUUCUGUAACAGUGUGUUUUUGAUAACCUUGUCAGUGACUCAGUAGUAUGUACUACCAGCCAAUCCCCACUUCCCUUCAGAAUCCUGCGUCUAGCCUGAUUCAGCCCUGGAGUUACUCGUGUCAGAGACCCAUUUGUAUUCUCUUGUCACAGCUUUGUUUUUAUUGUUCGGUUUUACCUCCUGUAAAUGUACAGUUUUCACAGCACAAAAUGAAUGUGACUAAUUUCUAAUAAAACACAUGUAUAUUACAUUAA